AUGCACCUCAGCGCUUUCGUAGCAACAGCUAGCCUAGCCAUACUCGGCUUGGCUACCCUCACGCGCGCUGCAGCGCCCUCCAACACAGCGGCGGCGGCCAGCUCUACCGUUAAUACCGCUAGCACCGAUUUGCAAUCCGAUCUGCGUGAUUUCCAGGCGCUGAUACCACGUCGCCGCAUCGGCUAUAUUGCCGCUCGUCAUUACAUUGUCGAUGCGCGUUUUCGCAGCGCUUUGGCAUUUAUACGCAGCCCGGAAUUUUCCGCCACUUGGCAGCAGAUACGCAAUACCAGUGACUUCGCAGAGCUUCUCAGCUUAAUGCGACGCGAUGCUGGCAGUUUCGAUGUUACCACCAUCAUCGAUCGCAUACCAAAUCAACUGCGUGCCUUCAAUAUACCAUCGAAGGUGCCGGUGAAUAUGAUGGUUCAGCGUACGGUGUCCGAUUUUCUCGGCGAUGUGGUGCGUGAGUUGCCGCGCGCACGUAUCGCCAGCUUAAUGGCGCGCAAAGUGCAGGCGGGCGGUGAAUUUUCACAGCUGUAUCGUACCGUGCGCAGCGAGGAAUUCGGCAGCUUGUUGCAGAAAACGAGGAAAUCCUCCAAUCUGGCCGCGCCCAUUCGUAAGCUAAAUCAAAAUUUCAUUGACGUUGAUAAUAUAAUCAAGAUUGGAUUUAGUGUACUUAGCUGGGGACCAUAAUUAUUUGCAGACAAAGCCGGUUUAUUACUUUUUAAACUCUUUAAAAGGAUCAAAAGAAAGACCAGAUCAUCCAGCACUCAGCGAUAACAUCAAAGAACAGGUUUCGAUUACAAAUAUAAAGAAGUCAUUCUCAAAGAUUGUUAGUUGAAUAUAACAAAAUAACCAGACACCAACUAUGCAAUUGUGGGACUGAACAACAUACACAAAAUAUAAUAAAUCUUCGAUUAAUGAUAAAA